AUGGAUUGUAUGACUUGUCAUCGCAUUAAUUUUUAUGAAUACCAACCGUCACCGUUUCUAUGUUUAGCUCGCAGUAAAUGUGGUUUAAUUGCUGCUGGCAGGUCAAAUGGUUCGGUGGAUGUGUAUGAUGAAAACCGAGACUUUUUCAUUGUUGCACAUUUUCCACGCCGAUUAUGUUGUUCAGUUGAAUCUGUAGUUUGGAUGCAAUCAAGAUUAUUUUGCACAGGUGCACUGGGCCGUCUCGUAGAGCUUGAUUUACAGGCUUCCAGCAUCAAGGGGUCUUGUUUGUUAGUAGGAAGUCCAGUUGCUCGAUGUAUGACGGUCUUCGAGGAUAACAUAGUUGUGGGCAAUGACGAAGGGUUUAUUACGUUUUUUUCAACCGACAAAACAGAUCCAGCUCCUAAUUUUACGAUCCCUAAGCUCUCUGGGAAAAUUUUAUCUGUAGCUUGUACUCAUCAAGACAAAGGCAUUUUGGCAACAGGCACUAGCACUGGCUCUCUUCUCCUGAUAUCUAUUCGUGAUGGUGUAUCCAAAGUAAUGUUUACCCUAACAGAAUCGAACAAAGCCUGUCUUAUCUGGGCUCUAUUAUUCGCUGGUGGAUUUUUAUUUUCUGGAGAUAGUAGAGGCGUGGUGUGUAUUUGGGACAUAUCUGUCGGCGGCCAUGGUGGGGCAGAUGCUAUUGUACGGAGAUUCGAAUUCUCUUUAUCUGAAACUGGAGAUGGUCAGUGGCAAUGUAGUGGUAUAAUUAGGGGUUCUAGACGUGAUAUUCAUGGGCUAGCCUUCAUCCCAGGUCAUCAUCAUGAUCCUAGCGCAGAAUCUUCCUUUUCAGAUGUCCGUUUUGAACCUCAUCGUCUUCUUGCUGUGGGACAAGAUGCAUGUCUACAAGUAAUGCCAUGUGAAUCAAUCGAAACGGGUGUUGGAGUCCUUGCUUUGGCUGAAAAGACUUUGGCUGUCAACGUUGGAAGACCUCAAGAUGAACAGAAAGCAGAUAAUGGAUAUGUCGCUGCUCUCCCAUUUUGGCCUGCUUCUGUUGCACCCUCGCGUCCAUCACCAGGAUGCUUUGUAACUUUGCCUAUAGGAUUAGUACAUGGUGCUUUUGGUGGUCAGGCUGGUGCAUCUCGUCAUUUAUGUCUUCUGCACUACCCAGAUAAACUUUGUUUAGUACGUCUUGGUCAACCACUCACAUCUGGUCGUAAGAAAGUUUUUGAAAAGUUUUAUUCUAUGAAUCUUGGGCCACUUCAGGUAGUAGAAAUUCAUCCAUCUAAGGGUAUGGAAUUUAUUAAAUCUAGUUUAUCUCCUUGUGGAUCUUUCAUUGUCUACAGCGAUUUCAAACGAACUCGACUGCUGAAAUUAGAUGUGGCAUUUAAGAAUAAAGGAAGAAGUUUCUGUUUGUCAAAAGCAAAAGUGAAACCAGUUGAAUGGGGUAGUAGUUCACAUGAUUCAAUUUGUAGUUCUACAAAAUCUCGUAAUAAGCGAAUACGUUUGGAUAGUUGGAGCAAAUCGUCUUCAAAUACAUCAUCUUCAGAGACAGAAACAGACACAGAAGAAAUUCUACAAGACUCGGAUAUCCUGCAAUAUUUCACCAUGGAUAAAUCAUUCCAGUCAUCGGGUGGGCAGGGUCAACGUAGGUUGUCUACUGAGGAUUUGUGUGAUUUGCCUGGCUCAGAGCAGAAGAAAUUAAAUGCGACAACUAUUCCACCUUCGUGUUUGAUGGCUUUUACUCCCAAAUCAGAACACCUGUUAUUGGUAACCCAAAAGCGUGGAAAAUUUAUUUGUAUAUCUGUAGAGAAUGGCAGUAUUUUGUGGGAUCGAAACAUCGGUGAAGAUGAUGAGUUACAUGUUCGAGCCCACAUAGUGUCUGUUUCAAAUAUUCUUACCGAUUGUGGUUACUUAGUUGGACUUGGCUGUUCUGAUGCACGUGUACGCUUAUAUGAUUCGCCAACUGGUUCUAUCCUGUUCACGUGUUCCUGUAUUGAUUCAGUCAGUGGUCAUUCACCUUUACCGGUAUCAAUCGCAUUCCCAAGUAUUAUCAGCGAACAAUCUGCCGAAUCGCCAAUAACUACAUUACCCAAACAUCGUUUCUCAGUAUUGUACACAAAUGGUCAAUUAAGAGAGUGGAAGAUAACUAUAAAACAGUCAAAUAAUGUAAAUAAUUCUGAUGAGUCGGAUCAUACUACAAGUCCUCCAGUCCCAACAAAAAGUAUAAUUGGUGUUGGACUAAACAAAUGGCUCGUUAAAUUUUGGCGUACUAUGGGUGAGGAAAUUUCACGGAGUCUAGGAGUAUUUCAUAGUGUAGAUUACAUUGAACCCAAUAAAUGGCUGUUAGCUUCAAAUCGAUUUUUAGUUGUUUUGGUUUCUCAUAAGAAUUAUGAACUUGGAAUGAUCAAGAAGAUCCUUACUUACAAGAGGACUGCUGAUGACGACUACUGUUUGUAUAUUUGCGAAAAUGUCAAAAACAUAAUUCAAACAAAAGUUCUAUCAGAAUCAGAAAUCGCAGUUGUUUCGAUCGAUUCUAGAAAUAUAACUUCUCAACUGGCUCCACCAUUACAGAGGAAAUUAUACGGGACAUGA